GAGCUAGAAUGACUCACCAGAGUUUUGGCCCAGAAGAUACAAAAUCUUAUUGGAGUGCACAUUGAUGUUCCAGCACCUUAUAUGGGAACAAAUCCACAGGAAAAGAAGAUGCCGCACAGGAAGUUUGAGCAUCCCCUGCAUGGGUCCCUUGGAUUUCUCCCACGGAAGCGUACUGCUCGUCACAGGGGAAAAGCAUGCAGUGAGAGAGAGCUUGCGAGCUUCCAAGAAAGAGUUCAAUAAGAUAGAAGAUGAUUUGAAGUUGCUUCAGAGCAUUGGGCAGAUAAUCGGAGAAGUUCUCAGGCCUCUUGACAAUGAGCGAUGUAAUUACUCAUUUCUUUUGUUCUUUAUUUCCAUUUUUUUUUGGGGGAGGGGGGGUUUCUAGAAAUUGUUUGUGAAAUCAUUUUAGCUCUAUCUUUUUUAGUGUAGAAUCCGGAGUCUUGAUACAUGUCAUGCAAAAAAUAAAUAAAUACAAGCUCUAGUCUAUUAUGGGCUACCUGUAAAUGGAAUAAUUCAUAAUGUGCUCUUAGUUAUUAAACUGGUCAAUAAAUUUAUUGUAAUGAACUUAAACUUAGU